CAUUUGCUCGUUGUAACUCAUAAAAAUUAAACUUUUUUAACCCUAAAUCUAAUAACACAUAUAUUUAACUAUUCAAAACAUGUACUGAUCAAACUCAGGCAGCUUUACUUUUUACAUUUUUACAAGGUUUCUAAUCUGAAGGUGGUUGCAUUCCUCACAUGUAACACUAAAAAAAACAUUUUUAAAAAAGUAAGUCCACAAUUUCUUUGAAUUUCUUUCACGGAAGUCUUUAUUUUAAAGAAAUGGUUAUAGACGGCAUGUUUAAAUAAUUGGUAUUUAUGGCAAAAAAUCACUCUGGCACUCACUCCUGUUACUGGAACUCACUCCUGUUACUGGAACUCACUCCUGUUACUGGCACUUACUCCUGUUACUGGAACUCACUCCUGUUACUGGAACUCACUACUGUUACUGGAACUCACUCCUGUUACUGGCACUUACUCCUGUUACUGGAACUCACUCCUGUUACUGGAACUCACUCCUGUUACUGGAACUCACUUCUGUUACUGGAACUCACUACUGUUACUGGCACUCACUACUGUUACUGGAACUCACUACUGUUACUGGAACUCACUCCUGUUACUGGCACUUACUCCUGUUACUGGAACUCACUCCUGUUACUGGAACUCACUCCUGUUACUGGAACUCACUCCUGUUACUGGAACUCACUCCUGUUACUGGAACUCACUUCUGUUACUGGAACUCACUACUGUUACUGGCACUCACUACUGUUACUGGCACUCACUCCUGUUACUGGAACUCACUCCUGUUACUGGAACUCACUCCUGUUACUCUGAAGGAUUAAAAUCCUCUGAAAUAUUUUAAUAAUUAUAUUUCAUUGUAAAGUUUAUAGUUAGAGAGUGGGGACAGGUAACAAAUGCUAAUUUUUUCAGUGUUCUAUGUAGUUUUAUUAAUAUUUUUUACAAUUACAUAUCUUACUUUUGCAAUUAGGUCAAUGUAAAAGACACUGCGCUUAAUAAUAACAGGUAUUUUAGUUAGUUUUAAGUUAUUUUAUGUGCACAUUUAUACAUGUAAUUUCCUGGGGACAGAAAUGUUAAAACAAUGUACUGUUAAAACAAGGUCAUUCCUAACAGAGACAGAUAUGGGUUGCCAUGUCUUACGCAAGAUACGAGGAAUGCAGUUCGAGAGGGGCAAAAUGAAUCACAUGACUCCAUUCCAGUCCAUUACCUUUGUUAUGACUUUAUCUGGAUUAUGGUUUUCCGUGCUCUCUGGGUUGCUAAUACGUAUUUGCCUUGGCUGCUCCCUCUGUUCUGACUGCCAGCCGGGGAGGAGUAUCAGCGCUCAGCUGACCCUUACACUAGGUGUGGCCUGCAGCAAGUCAAACAACUCAAACAACUCAACAACUGCAUUGUGCAAACCGGUUUCCCUGAAAGAGAAGUAGGUCUGAGGGAAGGAGAAGAGUUGGAGCUUCCAAACUGCUGGAAACAACUAAAAUUUUAGCACAAUUCAGCUUAAAAUUCAGAAAAAAGCUUCAGAACUCCUUUAGACCCAACAGGGUUUAUUAGAAUGGAGAACACGGAAGAGGGCAUCUCACCCAAAAAGAUGCCAGAGGGCAUCCAGCCUGGCAUGGAGAACCACCAAGAAGAAACCAACCUGGCUCCAGAAUCCAAAGAUCCCAAAGAAGAGGCAACAAAAUCCCAAGAAGAAGAAGAAGAAGAUCAGAUAGAUGCUUGUAAUGGUACCACCAACGCUUCCACCAAUGGUACCACCAAUUCCCCCACCGAUCCACCAACUGUGGAAGUGACCUGCGACUCCUGCAUGGAGAACCCUCGCCUGGCCUCCAAGUCCUGCCUCACCUGCCAGGUGUCCUACUGUGAGGAGCACCUGAGGCCUCACCUGGAGAACAGCAAGUUCCAGACCCACAAGCUGGUGGAGCCACAGCUGGACAUGGAGCUGCGCACCUGCCCGCAUCACCACCUGGACCUGGAGCUGUACUGCACCACCGACAGCUGCUGCAUCUGCGCCAGCUGUGGAAGCGAAGGGCACCACGGGCACAGCAUCGUACCCAUAGGAGAGGCCCGCAAGCAGAUAGAGGGAGAUCUCCAGCAGAAACAGAAAGAGAUGGUGAAGAAGUUGUCUGCAGCGGAGCAGGCCAUCACCAAACUGCAGGGAAACACAGAGUCCAUAGAGAGCUCUGUGACGGGGGUACGAGCUGAGAUCGAGCAGCAGUUCUCAGACCUGCAGGCGGCGGUGGAGGACGCUCAGAAGAGCACGCUGGAUGUUCUGGAGGGGGAGUAUAAACAGGCCCUGGGUCAGGCGGAGAGCAUCCAGGCCCACAUCGAGCAGAGGAUCACUGAGCUGAAGAAGACCAUGGCCCAGGUGGAGCGACUUCCUCGGAAAAAGAACGAUGUGGAUUUUCUGCAGGAAUACACAGAGUGGAGGAAAGGUUUGGUGGACGUUUGUUUACCAGGGGUUUACAUCAGCCUCAUAGACCAGCUGGACACUUUCAGCCGAAUCGUGAAAGAAACCACUAAAAACCUGUGUGAGCAGCUGACGUCCACCUACAGCGCUCAGCUUAAAGAGCUCUGUGAGAGCGAGAAACUGAGCAUUAAGACGAUGGUGCAGCCGAGCUCCCCGACCAAACGCCAGUCAUCCGAACAGGAGCCCAUAACUAGAGAAGACUUCCUUAAAUACGCCUCCAAUCUGACCUUCAAUCCUGACUCCACCCACAAAUUUCUGAGGCUAACUGAGGACAACAGAAAAGCGAGUAACACCACGCCCUGGCAGCACAACUACCCGGAUACACCGGACCGAUUCGAGCACUGGCGGCAGGUGAUGACCUGCGAGAGCCUUUACCUGGGCCGCCAUUACUUUGAGGUGGAGCUAACAGGUGAGGGGGCGUACCUGGGCCUCACCUACAAGAGCAUCGACCGCAAAGGCCAGGAGAGCAGCAGCUGCAUCACCGGUAACGAUUUCUCCUGGAGCUUCGGACGGGAAAGCCACGGCUACUCGGCCUGGCACUGCGACGCGGAGACGCCGGUGGAGGUGGGCGAGUUUUCUCGGAUCGGACUCUACAUGGACUACGAGAAGGGUCUGCUGGCCUUCUACGGUGUAGCCGACACCAUGAACCUGCUACACAUGUUCACCACUAAUUAUCUAGAACCACUGUACCCUGUGUUCUGGCUCUCCAAGAAAGACAAUAAAGUGGUUCUAGUCAAGCCGGGUGACUAAAUUUAAUAUCACAAUAGCAUAACAAUAGUUUUUUUUUAUAGCAAUGUUAUUGUUGUAGAGCCAAGCACAACAAUAGUGAUGAAUGAUAAUAAACAUAUUCAUUAUUCAGAGGUGAAAAUGUAUAAAAAAGGAAUAAAUGUGUUUAAAAUAAUUUGCGAA